AUGGCAAAUUCUGAAAGAGUUGAAGAAAUGCAAGAAAAUUAUCAGAGAAAUAGAAAACUGCAAGAACUGCCCAAAGUAAGACAGCAAGUUGUUGGACCUAUUGAGAUAUUUCGCUUUGCUGAUGGACUGGACAUCACACUCAUGAUCCUAGGAUUACUAGCAUCACUAGUAAAUGGGGCCUAUCUUCCUGUAAUGUCACUUAUUUUAGGAGAAAUGAGUGACAGCUUUAUCAGUGGAUGUCUAGUCAAAACCAACACAACAAAUUAUCGGAACUGUACUCAGUCUCAAGAAAAAGUGAAUGAAGAUAUGAUUGUGUUGAUCCUGUAUUAUGUUGGAAUAGGAGUUACUGCCUUGGUUUUUGGCUACAUACAGAUUUCCUUUUGGGUUAUGACUGCAGUUCGACAGACCAAGAGAAUUUGAAAACAGUUUUUUCAUUCAAUUUUGUCUCAGGACAUCAGCUGGUUUGACAGUUGUGACAUCGGUGAAGUUAAUACUCGCACGACUGAUGACAUCAACAAAAUCAAUGAUGGUAUUGGAGACAAGGUUGCUGUGUUGUUUCAAAACAUGUCUACUUUUUCUGUUGGCCUGGUGAUUGGUUUGGUGAAGGGCUGGAAACUCACCCUGGUGACUCUGUCCACAUCACCUCUUAUAAUUGCUUCAGCAGCCAUGUUUUCUAGGAUUCUGAAAGGUCUGAAUCUCAGAAUUAAGUCUGGAGAGACAGUAGCCUUGGUUGGCCCCAACAGCAGUGGGAAGAGUACAGCAGUCCAACUUCUGCAGAGGUUAUAUGAUCCUGAUGACGGCUUUAUCACGGUGGAUGGUAACGACAUCAGAACUUUAAAUGUGCAGCAUUAUCGAGAACAUUUUGGAGUGGCCAGCCAAGAGCCUGUUUUGUUUGGGACCACCAUUAAUAACAAUAUUCGAUAUGGACGAGAUGGCGUGACUGAUGAAGACAUUGAGAAAGCAGCAAAGGAAGCAAAUGCUUAUGAUUUUAUAAUGGAGUUCCCCAGGAAUCUUAAUACCUUGGUAGGGGAAAAAGGAGCUCAGAUGAGUGGAGGACAGAAACAGAGAAUCGUGAUUGCUUGAGCUUUAGUUCAAAACCUGAAGAUUCUGAUCUUAGAUGAGGCUACUUCUUCCCUAGAUACAGAAAGCGAAUCAGUGGUUCAAGCUGCACUGGAGAAGGCAAGUAAAGGUCGGACUACAAUUGUGGUAGCUCACUGGCUUUCCACUGUUCGAAGUGCAGAUAUGAUUGUGACUAUAAAAGAUGGGAUGGUGGUGGAAAAAGGAACAUAUGCUGAACUAAUGGCAAAACAGGGUCUAUAUUAUUCACUUGCAAUGUCACAGGAUAUUAAAAAAGCUGAUGAAUAGAUGAACUCAAUGGCAUAUUCUACUGAAAAAGAUAUCAGCUCAAUUCCUCUGUGCUCUAUGAAUAGCAUCAAGUCAGACUUUACUGACAAGUCUGAGGAAUCCAUCCAAAAUAAAGAGACAAGUCUUCCUGAAGUUUCUCUAUUAAAAAUUUUUAAAUUAAACAAGUCUGAAUGGCCUUCUGUGGUUCUGGGGACAUUGGCUUCUGUUCUAAAUGGAACUGUUCAUCCAGUAUUUUCCAUCAUCUUUGCAAAAAUUGUAACUAUGUUUGAAAAUGAUGGUAAAACCACAUUGAAGCAUGAUGCAGAAAUUUAUUCCAUGAUAUUUGUAAUUUGGGAUAUUAUCUGCUUUGUCAGUUAUUUCAUUCAGGGAUUAUUUUAUGGCAGAGCAGGGGAAAUUUUAACCAUGAGAUUAAGACACUUGGCAUUUAAAGCCAUGUUAUAUCACGAUAUCUCCCGGUUUGAUGAUAAGGAAAACAGCACAGGAAUCUUGACAACAAUAUUAGCCAUAGAUAUAGCGCAAAUUCAAGGAGCAACAGGUUCAAGGGUUGGUGUCUUAACACAAAAUGCAACUAACAUGGGACUUUCAGUUAUCAUUUCCUUCAUAUAUGGAUGGGACAUGACACUCUUGAUUCUGAGUAUUGCUCUACUUGCUCUGACAGGAAUGAUUGAAAUGGCAGCAACGACUGGAUUUGCCAACAAGGAUAAGCAAGAACUUAAGCAUGCUGGAAAUAUAGCAACCGAAGCUGUGGAGAAUAUAUGCACUACUGUGUCAUUAACAAGAGAAAAAGCCUUCGAGCAAAUGUAUGAGGAGACGCUUCAGACUCAGCGCAGAAAUACCUUGAAGAAAGCACAGAUCAUUGGAAUCUGUUACGCAUUCAGCCAUGCCUUCGUAUAUUUUGCCUAUGCAGGGUGUUUUCGAGUUGGAACUUAUUUAAUUCAGGUAGGACGAAUGACCCCAGAGGGCAUGUUCAUAGUUUUUACUGUAAUUGCAUAUGGAGCUAUGGCCAUUGGAGAAACACUUGUUUUGGCACCUGAAUAUUCGAGAGCCAAAUCUGGGGCUGCACAUCUGUUUGCUUUGUUGAAAAAGAAACCAACUAUAAACGGCUAUAGUCAAGAAGGAAAAAAACCCGACAUAUGCGAAGGGAAUAUAGAGUUCUGAGAAGUCUCUUUCUUGUAUCCAUGCCGCGCAGAUGUUCUAAUCCUUCACAGUUUAUCCCUCAGCAUUGAGAAAGGGAAGACUGUAGCAUUUGUUGGGAGCAGUGGCUAUGGGAAAAGCACUUCUGUCCAACCUCUGCAGAGAUUUUAUGACCCAUUGAAAGGACAAGUGCUCUUUGAUGGUGUGGAUACAAAGGAAUUGAACGUACAGUGGCUCCGUUCCCAAAUAGCAAUCGUUUCUCAAGAGCCUGUGCUAUUCAACUGUAGCAUUGCUGAGAACAUUGCCUAUGGUGAUAACAGCCAUGUCGUGCCAUUGAAUGAGAUAAAAGAAGUAGCAAAUGCAGCGAAUAUCCACUCUUUUAUUGAGAGUCUCCCUGAGAAAUACAACACACAAGUUGGACUGAAAGGCACACAGCUUUCUGGCGGCCAGAAACAAAGACUAGCUAUUGCAAGGGCUCUUCUCCGAAAAGCAAAAAUUUUAUUGUUGGAUGAGGCCACUUCAGCCCUUGAUAAUGAGAGUGAAAAGGUGGUUCAGCAUGCUGAUAAGGCCAGUAAGGGGAGGAUGUGCCUAGUGGUGGCUCACAGACUCUCCACAAUACAGAACGCAGAUUUGAUAGUGGUUCUGCACAAUGGAAAAAUAAAGGAACAAGGAACUCAUCAAGAGCUCCUGAGAAAUCGAGACAUAUAUUUUAAAUUAGUAAAUGCACAGUCAGUGCAGUGA